GAUUGGACAAUAACGGGGAAGCUCGCCCCCGCAGCUGCGCUCGGGGCUCCGCUCGUUGGCGAUGGCAAGUCGCUGAACUGGUCCCGCAGCUCUCAGCAGUAGCACCAUGUUCCGGAGACCCAGGCCGAGCUCGGUGAUCAGCUGUUUGAUCCUUUUGUACUUCGAGAGUGCAACAGCCAAAAAGUACUGCUGGUUUGUGAAUGCAGGAUAUCCCACUUAUUUUACAUGUCGUGCAUAUGAGGACUGCUGUGGUACAAAAUGCUGCAUGCGAGCAUUCUCUAUUCAACGGUUAUGGUAUUUUUGGUUUCUAUUGAUGAUGGGGGUGCUGUUUUGUUGUGGCGCUGGUUUUUUUAUCCGGAGACGACUACAUCCUCCUCAACUGACUACUGACCCUCCAUUUACAGUGGGCUUCACUAGGCAACCUGUUAAUACAGGUGGAUUUCAGACCACAGGGAACAACCUGACUGGAAUGCAAUAUUACACGGAACCUGGAGCACCUGUUGCUAAUCCCAUUGCCUCAACGUAUCAAAUUCAGCCAAAUUUUCCUCUACUCAAUCCAGCGUAUCCACCCCCGCCAGCCUACUGCAAUCAGCCACCCCCUCCGUACGAGCAAGUUGUUAAAACCUCAAAUAAGGAAGGCGAAAGAUAAAUAUCAAGUUUCAGUAAAUAUCACUUUAUAGACUGGCAGCGUCUGACCCACAGGAGAAGUUUCGGAGAGAUGCAAAUCUCUGGGCGUAAACACUUAACCACAGUUCAUCCCAGAAAUUGCAUUUAGCUUUGAUGCCUUUUUCAUAGAUUAACAUACCGUAGACCCUCCAGCUUAUGUGGUCAAAGCUUUGUAAGAAAUAACAUGUUCUGUUUCAAAAAUGGGAAUCUAAGAUAGGGAAUUGUAUAAUCUUCAGUAAGUAAAAAAAGUCUAGAUUUCUGUAGAAACUUUGUUUUAAAAAUAACUGUUGUCCUUGGAAAUGGUUUAUAAGUAAAAUUUUAAUCCUCGUUUAACUCUUUAUUUAUGGCUGUUUUGGUCAAAUUAAAAUAGAAACAAAUUGUUUAA